AUGAGUAACGUGGAUGAUAAUGAAACGGCUCCUUUAGCUGAUGGCAUUCUCACACAUAUUAUAGAGUGGCAUGGCUGGAAAAUAGGAUUGGUUGGCCUUGUAGAGAAGGAGUGGUUGGAGACCCUGGCUACCAUUAAUGCAGAACAAGUGACGUUUACUGACUAUGUGGACAAGGGGAGAGAACUAGCAAUAAUGCUCAAGGAUCAGGGCUGUGAUUAUGUGAUAGCACUAACACACAUGCGAACACCCAAUGACAUCAGACUAGCGGAGAAUGUGGAGGAGAUUGAUCUUAUCCUGGGUGGCCACGACCAUGUGUAUGAGGUGCUUAAGAUAAAUGAUAAGUUUGUUCUCAAGAGUGGCACAGACUUCAGGGAAUUUUCAACAAUAACUUUAAGUCAGGAAGGAACCAGCAUCAAUGUUGAUAUUGAGAAGGUUGUUGUAGACUCCAAGUUUGAACCUGAUGAAGAACUAAAAGAAGCUCUUAAAGAAUAUGAAGCUGUUGUAUCUUUAUUAUUAAUAUUUCUUGUUUACAUAGGAGAAACACUUCUGGAGGUCCUUGAAAAUGGAGUUUCACAGUAUCCUAAACUUGAGGGUCGCUUUCCUCAAGUUGCUGGUCUCCAGUUUGUGUUUGACCCCGACGCAGAGCCUGGCUCAAGACUGAUCAGAGACUUGGUCAAGGUCGGAGAUGAGUACCUCAACCCAGAAGCUGUUUAUCGAUUCGUGACAAAGGCUUACAUGAAACAAGGCAGAGAUGGAUACAAUAUGCUAAUAGACUGUCCUAUAUUGCAAGAUGAAGAACAGUGUCCCAUGUUGUCAACAUCUAUCCAGAAUCACUUUGCAGCCAUCAAAACACGUAUGGGCAAGACUCGUCGCAACUCCACGCACAGACAGUCACUCAUCCUCUUAUCCAGGAGGUAAUGUAAACAUACCUCA